UAAAAUAUUUCCUCGGAUUGUACGCUGUGUCUUCGCUGGCUCAAGACUCUUUCUUCCUCCCCCGUAUUUCCUCCUGUUUCUUCCAUGGCUCGAUUCAGUUAUUAUCUCGUGUCUGAGAAGCCGAGCUGAAGAAUCAGAGGGGCUCUGAAGAUUCUGACAGCUAGGUUUGAAUCAAGAUGCAUCUCACCGGCCGAAUUGAUUGCUGUUGAUCAAACGCCUUCUUCUCUGACGAAAUUUCUGAUCGAUGCUUUGGUAGUCGGAGAAGUUCUGCGGCGGCGAUGCAGUCGGAGGAGGUGAAAAUGCGGUUCGGCCGGUGUCCGUACUGCCGCGCCAUGAUCUACCAGAACCCCAAGGCCGUCAUCUUCUACUGCAGCAGAUGCCGCACUCCGAUCCGAGGCAAGAACCCGGAGCCGACGGAUGAGGCGGAGUACGCGCUGAGCAGGCUGGAGAUCCUCUCCGCCGACACCGCGUCGGUGUUCUCCGACGAGCCGGAGGACGCCGGGUCGGACCGGCGCGCCGACGAGGUCCGGCCGUUGUCGAGGCGGACGAGGCGGCCGUCGAGCUCGUCUGACUGGACGACGACGACGGAUUCGGAGCGGAGCGAGGAGGCGUUCUACACGCCAAGGAACGCGCAGGAGGGGCGGCCAUGGCAGUCGCCGUCGCCGGUGAGCUCGCAGGAGCUCGGGGCGUCCGGUGGUGGUGGUGGCUUGCCUCGACCUCCCGAUGAGCCAGGCGCCGUCGCGGCGGCGCGCCUGAUGGACCCGGCGUUUCACAAGGAGCUCCUCCACGCGCUGGACAACCUCCGCAGCUUGAUCGUCACCAUCGAGCAGCCGCGCCCGGCGAGCGGCGGCGGCGGGAGGGCCCUGACGCGGCGCGAUUCGCGGCUCUUCCGCCGGCUGGAGUCGCAGCUGGAGCGGGCGCUUCCGCCGCAGGACACCGCUUCCACGUCGGCGUCGUCAUCCAGCUGCCGCGGCGACGGCGGCGGCGGGCGUCCGUCGGCGCCCGCGCGGCGGGAGGGCACCGACCCCUGCCGCCCGGUCCUGGGCGGCGCGCCAUUCGUGAUCUGCGGCAAGUGCUCGGAGCUUCUGCGGACGCCGCCGCCGCCGCGGCCACGGAGGAGGAGGUGGACCACCAGGAUACGGUGCGGCGAGUGCAACGAAGUGCUCGAGCUGUCCCUUCCCGCCGGCGGCGUCCCGGCUCAGCACCGGCCGAUCAGGACGUGCUCGGCGCCGCUGGUCUCCGACCACCACCGGCCACUGCCACGACGGCUGGAGUGAGGCGAAGAGCGCGCACGGUGGCCAUGAUCGAUUUGUUGAUGGAGGGCUCACUGCUGAGCUGAAAGGGGGAAAACCUCACGCUAAGAUGGAUGGAUGGGAUUGAGGUUCUCCGCCAUCGAAUGCACGUUGCCUUUGUCAUUAACAUGUGGGCUCAGGAAUCAUCGGGCUCACAUGUUAGUGACAAAGUCACAUGACUUCGACCUCGAAGGAUGCUGAUCUGGAUUGUUGAUGGAAGUUUUGAAUAGUUGUUUUUGAAGAAUGAUUUUUUUUCUUUUUGUUAUUAUUAGUCGCUAACCCAGACGUUACAAAUGCUACGAAAUUGGCUAUUUUUGAAGCAAUGAUUCUUGAUAAAAUUGGUUGA